CCAGCAGCAGCUGUGCACGCUGCAUGCAUCUACUGCAACGAUGGCACCGGCCACAAGCGACGCCGCCUACUUCCGGAGGGGCAGCCUGUUCUGGUUCACGGUCAUCACCGUGUCCUUUAGCUACUUCACGUGGGUUGUCCUCUGGCCUCAGACUAUUCCUUACCAGAGCCUUGGCCUCCUGGGGUCCUUCACACGGUACCUGGUAGACCACCAUCACACUCUCCUACACAGUGGGUUUUGGCUUGCCUGGUUGAUCCAUGUGGGAGAGUCUUUAUAUGCUAUGGUAUGGUGCAGGUCUAAAGGAAUCACAGAUAGCUGGACUCAACUCCUCUGGUUCCUGCAGACAUUUCUCUUUGGAAUAGCAUCUCUCUCCAUCUUAAUCGCUUAUCGACCAAAGCACCAAAAACGCACUUGAAUGUACACUCUCACCAUUUCUACAUUCAAUGUCUUCUUUUUGGGGGUGCUAGGUUUACUUGAUCAUUCCACUUUCUAUGAAGCACCCAUCCUGAUAAGUUAUUUAAGACCCCCUAAUUAGGCAUCUUUCUUUCCUAUGCUCUGGUUAAACUUGAAUAGGUCAGUUGUUCCUUAAGAAAGAACUGGGUACCUGUGGCUCAUGCCUGUAAUCCUAGCUACUCAGGAGGCUGAGAAUCACAG